GCAUACAUUAAGGCGAUAGGUACUCUGGAUCACUACUGCAAUAACACAAACAUCUUGUUCAUAUCCAAUCGUGAUACUCACUCACGUCUCGAAGUAGCUCAAAUACAACCCCGAACAUAUCGCUAAUAUGCCUACUCAUCAUGGACAGAAGGUCACCACCGACCCCGAGUCAACCCGAAACCCCAUUCAAGAGGGCGUCGGCACCGUGACAUCUGACUCCCUAGCCGCCGACUCCAUCAACGAAGGCGGCUCAUUCGGCAAGGGCAACCCCAAAGCCGCAGCAUCAAAGCAGCCCUCCUCGUCCACGACGACAAACACUACUGACACGUCGAACGCAAAGACGCUCGACCCCGCUAUCGAUGCGCACUCACGCGAAGCACAGGAGGGAUGGAGCGAGGAAAAAUCCUACCAGUCCGCCAAAGGGCUCGGUAAGGAAAGCGGCGUAGGUCCCACGUACAACUCCACCGGCUCGGGCGUCAACAGCGCUGGUGACAAGCGGGGCGUGUCGACGGGCACAUCUGAUGGGUUUGACGGCGUUCAGGGUAACAUUGCGCCUGCCGGUGUGUAUGCGAAGCAGGACCUCGACUCCGGCGUGUACAAGCCUAAAGGGAAGAAUGUCACAGAGGAUAAGGAACUCAAGGGUAACAGCAAGUUCGCCGAAAUUGGGUCCAAGGACGAUCCGGCGAGGGCGGCGGAAUUGGCGUUUGCGAAGAGAGAUGCUGCUGCUUCUGGCGCGGGGUCGAAUGGAGAUAUUGCGCAGGGAGGGGAGUCGAAGUUUAGUGGGUUGCAGGAUGAGAGUGCGUAGGGGUUGAUGUGAUUAGUAGGGCCGUGUACCUUGGGUGAUUACAAU